AUGCGCUUCGCCAGUGGCCUCCUGAUCCUUCUCUCCACUCUCCUGGUCCCUCUUCUCGUUCUUCCACUCGCUGUCGUGUUCGCGCCUGUUGCUAUCUCGUUUAUUGCCACACUCUUCACGCCGUGGAUCGCGCUUGGGCUCAGCGGGUCGAGCGAUGCUGACUGGCUCCGCUGGCGCAGUUUUCCACUUGUGGUGCCGAUGGUUCUGUUCGUCGACCUGCCUCUCGCCCUCUACCUCCUGGUGGCCACGACCAUCGUCGAUAUCCUCUUCCUCCAGCCCCUCGUCCUCCUCGCCUACGAGGCAGCGGUGCUUCUCUUUCGCCGCAAGACGCACCUGCCCUCGGCCGAUGACGCCGAGGCCCCGCGUCCCCGGCGCGUGCCCUCGGCCGAUGACGCCGAGGCCCCGCGUCCCCGGCGUGUGCCCGCUGCCGCCUCAGAGGGAGACCACGCGCCGGCUGCUAGCGAUAAGGGCGCCAAAUACCGCGAUCAUGCCUCGGUCUGGGCGGCGCUGGAAGGCGAUGCGAACGUGCGGGCAGGCGACGUGCGGUUACUCAGCCUCAAGUGGCUCAUGGCGCUCGCCGACAAGGGCGGCGCGCUGCCGCGUCGGCAGGAGCUACCCGAGGAGGCGUUCGUGACUGCCGAGCAGCUGCGGCGGAUCGAGGCGGGCGCGAGGCGCGGCUUCGACACCCGCGAGUACAGCAAACUCUUGCAACGGAUGUUUGCCGACUACACAUUCUCCACCGAGCUUGAGCUUAUGGCGAGCCUGUUCCGCCGGAAGCGGAACGUCGACGAGUUGCUCCCGAUCGUCUCCAUCUCGUACUGCUGGCUCGAGGCGGCGCACCCAGACCGGGAGGGCCGUCAGCUGCAGCUGCUCUCUCGCAAGCUGCGGAGCCUGUACGGCGGGCGCGGCCUGCUCGGCGCGUGCCGCGACUACGGCUUCUCCGACAUGGGCGUGUUCCUCGACUGGGGCUCGGGCUACCAAAAGGACCCGGCGCUGUGGAGGGCGUGGAUGUCGCUGCCGGCGCUGUACUCGAUGAGCGACGACGAGCUCCGGAGAGUGGACAGCGAGUGGAUCGUCGACGAGCGGCACUCGCACGAGGCUUUGGCGGAGGGCGCGGUUUACGCGAUGAGCGAGGAGACGCUGCACAGCAUGGCGGACGGCGAGAGGCUGGUCGCCGAGCGGCGCGCGUACGAGCAGAGCCGGACCGGGGAGCAGAAGGCCGCGUUCGGUCGCAUGCUCCACCACACGAUGGACCUGUGGUAUGCCCACGCCGCCGUCACCGUCGUGCUGCUCACGCAGCUUCCCGACGAGCUGCCCGCUGGGCUCUUUUCCGCCGGCUGGAAGCUCGUCAUCGACGUCGCCGACGAGGCGGGCGGCGCCAAGAUGCGGCUGCCGGCCACGCCCGCGCGGAUGGAGGCGCUGCUCGCCAAAUGCCGCUUCACCAAUGGCGCCGACAAGGGCACGGUGCUGGCGCUGUACGAGCAGACGGCGGCGGCGAUCCUCGGCUCGCUCGACAAGCUCAGCGUCGCGGGGCUGCCGCUGGUGCGCGGCGACGUCUGGUGCUCGCCAUCGAGGCUCGCCGAGGCGCUCAACUACUGCUCGAGCCUGCGAGCCGUGGCUGUGGUCGGCGCCCGCCUCGACGACGACGGCGUGGCGGAGCUCGUCGCGGGGCUCAAGGACGGCGCGCUCCCGGCGCUUGAGGUCCUGGCACUCGGGCACAACCGCUACGGCGCGCGCGGCGUCGAGGCGGUCUGCGGCGUCUUUCGCCGUGGCGUGGCGCCGCGGCUGCAGAACCUCUCCUUUGCUUUCAUGCCUAUCGGCGAUGCUGGAGCCGCCGCGGUCGCUGCCGCGGUCGCGACGGGCGCAGCGCUGCCGCCGCGCCUCGCGGUGACGAUGGUCCUCUGCGACGUGGGCGACGAAGGCGCGCGGAGCAUCGCGGCGGCGCUGUCGCUCGCUGGGCCCGGGUGCCGCUUCCAACUGAUGUUUAACCGCAUCGGCGUCGCCGGCAAAUCGGCGGUGCUCGCGGCGCUCGAGGCCAGGCAAGGCUGGGCGGCCUUCUCGCACAUGUUUAACCUCAUACAGAUGAGGCACCGGACUUUGGACGGGGCCGACGCGGUGGUGCUGCGCGAGGCGGAGGAGGCGGCGCGUUCCAUCCGCUCGCAGGUCGCCGUCGAGCGCAGCCGAGCGCUUGAGGCCGCGGGUAACCUGCGCGAGGCUGCGUCGCGUGUCGCUGAGGGCGAGGCUGCCCGCGCGCGCAGCGAGGCGAUGCGGUUGACGACGGAGGCGCAGGAGGAGGCGGAGCAGAUCCGCCAGGCGGCGCGCCGCGAGGUGGCCCACCUCUCCUCCGAGGCGGCUCGCCUCCGCGCAGAGGUUGCGGCCGAGCAGCGCCAGCUGACUACGCUCAAGGCCCAACCAAGUAGCGGCGGCGCCUUUGCAUUCGGCGGCGCGCAGCCGGCCGCCCCCGCCGCAGCACCCGCCUUCGGCGCGGCGGCGCCGGCCUUUGGUGGCGGCGCGGGCGCGCCCGCCGGCGGCGGUGGCGGCUUUGCCAUCGGGGCCGGUCCGGCGGCGCCGGCGGGUCGCACCGUUCGCCGGUUCCGCCGGCCGGGAGGCCGUAAGUGA